AUGUCGAAAAAUAAUUUAAAGUCGUCCCGGUCCCGGUCCUUCACUAAUCCAAAUUUUCAUCUCAACAUCUCCGAGUUACACCAGAACUUCGCCACUCCGGUCUAUUACGUUGGUGUUGACGUUGGAUCUGGAUCUGCCAGGGCUGCAGUAGUCGAUCAGGCCGGUGCAAUAUUGGGGCUAGCAGAAAAGCCUAUCUCCAAGUAUACCCCUAAAGCAGAUUAUGUCAAUCAAUCUUCCACAGAGAUUUGGGAAGCCGUAUCUUACUGUGUAAAGACUGCCCUGACGCAGUCCCACAUUGAUCCUGCUCUUGUCAUGGGAAUUGGGUUUGACGCGACUUGUUCUUUGGUUGUAUUGGAUGAAGAAACUGACGAACCAAUUGCUGUUGGUCCUGAUUUCACGGAAUCAGAACAGAACAUUAUCAUGUGGAUGGACCACAGGGCACAUGAAGAAACCAAAGCCAUCAACCGUACUGGUGACAAAUGUUUGAAAUAUGUUGGUGGUCAAAUGUCGAUAGAGAUGGAGCUCCCCAAGAUGAAAUGGCUCAAACAUCAUCUUCCUCGUGAUGAAACUGGAAAGUCACUUUUUGAACGUUGCAAGUUUUACGAUUUGGCAGACUUUUUAACACACAAGGCUACAAACACGGAAACUAGGUCUUAUUGCUCAGUUACUUGCAAGCAAGGUUUUGUCCCUCAAGGUGUAGAUGGUUCAGUAGACGGCUGGUCCAAGGAAUUCCUCGCACAGGUAGAGCUUCCAGAGUUAGCAGCAAACGAUUUCCAAAAACUUGGAGGUAUCCCUGGAAAAAAUGGAAAGUACCUAAGUGCUGGUGACUCCGUUGGACCUCUCAGUGCUGAUGCUGCAGAGCAAUUGGGCUUGACAACUGCUUGUUGGGUUGCUUCGGGUGUUAUUGAUUGUUACGCUGGGUGGGUUGGAACAAUCGCUGCAAAAACUGAAAUCCCGCUUCCAGAUUUGGUUGAACAAGACAAUAAUUUUUCUGGUAUUGACAAAGCCUGUGGCCGUCUUGCUGCUGUUGCAGGUACAUCCACUUGUCACUGUGUCAUGUCUAAGGAUCCAAUUUUUGUGCAUGGUGUUUGGGGUCCUUAUAGGGAUGUGAUGGCUAAAGAUUACUGGCUUGCAGAAGGUGGCCAGUCAUGCACAGGCGCUCUUUUGGCCCAUGUUCUCACGACCCAUCCUGCCUACACUGAGUUAGGAAAAGCUUCGGAAUCCUCUGGGCUGUCUCGAUUUGAUUUUUUGAACAACAGACUCGAGAAUUUGAAAAGAUCUAGGAAAGAACGCUCAGUUCUUGCCCUAGGAAAGGAUUUAUUUUUUUACGGUGACUAUCAUGGUAACAGAUCACCAUUGGCUGAUCCUGAUAUGAAAGCCUCCAUCAUUGGCCAGUCCAUGGAUACUUCUUUAGACUCUUUGGCUAUAGAGUAUCUUGGUGCUUGUGAAUUCAUUGCACAACAGACCCGUCAAAUUGUGGAGAAGAUGGAAAAGUCAGGACACAAUAUUUCUUGUAUUUUCCUUUCAGGGGGACAGUGUCGUAACGGUCUCUUGAUGAGACUGUUAGCAGAUUGUACUGGUCUUCCAAUCAUCAUCCCAAGAUAUAUUGAGGCAUCGGUAGUUUUUGGAUCAGCACUGUUAGGUGCGGUUGCAGCUGAUGACGCCAUUUUGGCACAGAACAAAGGCAGGACAGGGAGAACAGUUAGAAGCAGUUCCAAUGUUUCAGAGCCUCCUCAUGAAAUGCCACCCUCUCCUUAUACUGCACCUACCGCAACAGCGUCGAUGACCUCAAUUUCAGCUAUGAAUGCUCCAAACUUGAGCGGUGCACCUGGUGGCUUCCCAUUUCCUCUUAUGACACCAAUCGAGGAUGAGUCGAAGCAAUUGGGUUUCGAAGAUGGGGUUGAGGAUAACACCUCGUCAGACGAAGAAACUUUAUCUUUUGGCACCAAGAACAAAAACCAAGCCAAUGUUCAGACUAACUUCGUUCAACAGCGCACAAGUCAAAAGCCACUAGUAAGCUCUAAGCCAUCGAAGUUAGGCGAGGAACGUUCUGGAGAUCGUCUGUGGAAAGUCAUGGAGUCUCUGAGUGGAGUAGGAAAGGUCAUUAUGCCUUCAUCUCCUAAUGAACCUGACCGUAAGCUAUUGAACACCAAGUACAAAGUCUUCCUUGAUCAAGCGGAGUCACAAAUGCGCUACCGUAAGCUAGUAGCUGACACUGAAGAGGCUAUUAAAGCUUACAUGAAUAUUUAG